UUCAUGCUCUAUGUGGAUGGGAAACCCUACCUUACUCUACGAUCUGAUGACAUUCUCAAACUGAUACGUGACGGGUACAUCGACUUCCCUACCCUAACAGCAAUGCAGAUCCACGACAAAAGCAAAGGAAAUGUGAUAUCAAAAGGAUUGGUCAUGCUUCAAGUGGCCUGGUUUGUUAUGCAGCUCAUCACCUGUGCCAUCUAUUGCCUCGAAACCACCCAGCUCGAAGUUGGGACACUCACUUUUGCGGUUCUCAAUUUCUUAACUUAUGCUGUGUGGUGGGACAAGCCUCUCAAUGUGCAAUGUCCA